GACGUGAUCCUGCAGACGCUCGUUAAGCUUGUUGUCGGGCUGGCUGUUACUGCAGAGCCGUACCGUAUUCUCGAUCAGGACUGGUGGUUCGGUGAUCGGGGCUGCUCCGUGGCGAUCAUCGCCAGGGUACUGCUGCGUACACACGCACCAUCGCUGCUUCAGAGCUGUGUUGGUUUCGUGGUGAUCUCCUCAACCGACGUGGUCGUGGUGGUGUGCUACGUCUCCCCAAGCCGCGGUCUCUCAUCGUGCGAGUGGUACUUGGACGAGCCCGGAGGUUUCCUUAGUGAACAAAUGGCUCGUCCUGUUCCGGUCCUGGGGGACUUCAAAGCCCACUACGUGGCGUGA